AGCACUUAUAGGUUGUUGUGAUUAGAAAAAUUAUCAACAUAAUCUGAAUUUUGUGUAUUGUCAAGUUCUGUGUCGAAAUAUAAACUAUUUUGUUUUCGAGAUUUCUCACUUCUAGUUAUGGCUGAACCAAGAGGAUUUUUUGCGAGACUCGCCGUGGAUAAAAGUCGAAACGACGAAAAUCUCGCCAAUUGUGACAUGUCUAACUGGUACACGUUAUCAAAACCUCCAGAAAAAUACGCAGAAAGAUUUAUAAAGCUGCAUCAACCUGACGAAAUUACCCUAAACUGGUUGGAAAGAUCGAGAGAAUUGUCUAGUAAACUAUUACUUCAGUUGUGGCAUUUGUUAGCUAAAGCUAUUUUAAGUGUGUUUAUGACGCAAACAGACGUGAACGGAUUACUUCGGAGAGGAUCCAUGUUUAUACUCUCUGAACUUCAGUUUCAGCAUCUGUUGUUGGAAGGAGGACUUAGAGAAUCGAUAAAACAAUCGACCUAUAUAAGCAUUCUAGAUAUUGGUGCUGGAGAUGGGGAAGUUACAAUAAGACUUGUUAAAGCAAUCAGAAAAAUAUUUCCCUCUAGUGAUACUAAAUUAUUUGCUACAGAGUCUAGUUGGAUUAUGAGAUCGAGACUGAGUCAAAAACAAAUUUGGUUUCUUUUCACGCUUUUUUACUACGAUUCUCUACGUGGAUUUUUGAAUCAUCGGUUUUUUUUGUUACAAGAUUAUCAGAUGAGUUUCAAGUACAAAUACGAAUACAAAUUAUCUUAUGAUGAUAUACGAUUAAAUGAUAUAAUGAGUACGAGGAUGUACCGGACCGGAAUACCACAAAACUGACUUCGAACAAGUCAAACGUAGACUACGCAUAAUAAAUUGGCGUAGUAUAAUUUGUAAAGAAGGAAAUGUCAACGAAGAAGUAUCAAAAUUUUAUGAAAUAAUUGAUCAAAUUAUAUCAGAAAAUGUACCACUAAAAAGAAGACGAACGAACACCAACAAAUAUCCAGUGUGGUUUAAACCACAAUUGAAGAACCUAAAAAAUAAAAAACAAAAAGCAUACAAAAUAUACAAAAAAGACAACAAUAGCGAAAAUUUUCAAAAUAACCAAGAAAUUUGCUGUCAACUUGACGCAGCCAUCAAGAUUGCACAUGAAGAACAUAACCGGAAAAUCGAACAUCAAAUCAAGUCUUGCCUUAAGAACUUCUUCAAUUACGUAAAAGCCAAACUAAAAAGUAACAACUUUCCAUCACGAAUGCAUCUUGACAGUAAUGUAGGACAUACUAGUAAUUAAACAUGUAGUAUUUUUGCCACUUUUUUCAAAAAAUAUACACCACAUUUGAAGAAACAGACCGCGACCGCGAAUAUUUCUCGUAUUUUUUCUGAAUAUGCGAAUUCAAUCAAAUAUCUGAAUUCGAAAUUCAGAACGCACUUAAAAAUUUAGACGCUACGAAAGGUCCUGAACCUGACAGAAUAGCACCAAUUUUUCUCAAAAACUUGGCAGAAGAACUAUCUACACCUCUACUACAUCUAUUCAAUAUGUCUCUGAAGAAUGGAAUUUUUCCAGAACUCUGGAAAACCUCAUAUUUAGUGCCAAUAUUCAAAUCUGGCGCUAAAUCUGACAUUCGUAAUUAUCGUUGAAUUGCCAUUAUUUCAUGCAUUCCUAAAUUAUUUGAAUCAAUCUAAUUAAUAAAAACCAAAUUCUGUUCGUGUGCCAUCGAUUACCUCGGGAUUUUUUUGUUUUGUUAGUCGUGAGCUGCGCCGGGUUUACACGCAAAGAAAGUUCGGAAAAUGGACUGUGCAACCCUCGAGGUUGCAAUUGUGCUAUACACGACACUCACCCUAAGAAGCAUAAAUAAAAUGCAAUGUUUUAUAUCACCCGCGAGCCGAUAUGGAUCACCACGCGAAGGACGACAAGAAGAACUGGGUCAGUUGUACACAUGCGAUAAGACUGCAUCGAAGCGAUCGUACCGCCUUGUGUUAUGUUGAUGUUUACUUUUUGAUCCACUGCGUACGUUCUUUCUCGGCUCGCGAUUAACCAAAACAAUAACGUUCAAUGAUUCCGGUACCAAGUUAGCAAUUGCCAAAUACAGAAAUCGUUACAGCCGUUCCAGGCGUCUGCUUUAGUACUUCACUUAUGUGUAAUUAGUAUUGAUUCAUAAAAUGCAAACGUUGCAUUCAACACCCUAUAUAAAGAGCUAAGAUGAUCCUGAAUAAAUCAGUCUUGAAGUGCAUUCAGACUAUGCUUGAUUUCGCUGAGCUCCUUCGGGAUACCUCAAACCGAAGUCCCUACUAAGUGCACUCUGGAGUAAAAUCCAGAUACUGCGCGAACUGGUCGAAUGUCCACUUCCGUUUAGAUCCUCCGACGGUUUACAAAAUAUUAUAUGGCGACCGUGUGUGCGUGCCUGCAAUCACCGGAUUUCAGAGGUCCGCGAGAUUAAGGACGCGUGAAGUGCUUAUAGACAAAAAGUGUAUCGAUGAAGAUAAGUGUAAACAGUGAAGACAGGUACAAUGAAUAUUAACGGUGAUGAAAUAUUGCUGGU